UCCGGAUCGGAAGUCCUCGCGAACGCUCUCCGUUGCAUCCGUGCGAAAAACUUACACCAACUAAUAAUUUGGAACUAUGUCGGAACUACUCGCGCAGCCUCCGCCGCGGUACUAGAGUGCGAUGUAGAGCCUCGGGCGAGAGGUGACUUUUUCCGAGUGCAAGGGCCCUCGGAGCCUUUAUUUUGCUUAAUUCGAAAUAAGUGUCAACUUCCGAAAUGUCGCUAGUAGUGAAACUUAUUCGGUUCAAAGUGCUGAAAUGCAAAUACGAGAAAUACGCGCGUUUGGAGUUUAGAGGAGCUAUCAAAUACUCCUCCGUGCUCGUCGACAAUGAAGAGAUCAUAUUCGUUAACGAGCGCUUCGAAUGGGUAGUCACGAAGUCAGUGGGCACUGGCGAGGUGCUCACACUGGAGUUGCUCGCGCGUGGGCGCUGGGGCACGCCACGCACUCUGGGCGUCUACCGCCUGGGCCUGCAGAUCCUGGUCACGGACGGCCAGCUCUCCAUCACCGACACCCUUGUUGACGACCGCAAUCGCCCAGUGCCGGUGUUCGUGGAGAUGGAUGUGUUCUACACGCCGCCAGUGAUACCUUCGAAGAUUGAAGAAGUUAGUGCUCGCAGCGAGAUCACUUCCGUACGAGGACUGGGUUCGAUCAUGCCCUCAGUGCACGGGUCGACUCCUGGCUCGCUGCAAGGCUCCUCGGUCAGCUCAGCGAUCCACUCAGACGACGAUGACAAUGCUCUAGAAGAUCUACAGCGCAACAUCGCCACUCUAGAGCGCUCAAUCCAGAAUCGCGAAGUCGUCAUCGACAUGGAAUCUGGCGACGAAUCCCGAACUCGCAAGCUCAAAAUUGUCGGCAGGAGAUUUCUAAGACGAGGAUUCUCGAUGGGCGCCGAGAAAGCGGUGACGAUUUCUGAGCGUGAGCAUAAGCGCCACUCCACGUUGAAGACCAUGAGGAGUCUGAUGCGCCUGGGCAGGGCUCGGCCGCGAGACAGCAGCGGAGACGAGGAGCAAGGCUUGCUGGAGGUGCCCGGGCCCUCCACCGACCUCGAGCGGCCCGUCAGCCAGACCUCCAUGUCCUCAGACGAGGUCCUUGUCGACACACGCUCGCCGACCGAAACGCCCAAACUAAAAAAAUUGCGCACAGUGCUGGAGACGGGAGGUCCGACGGCUUUGAAAGCAGCUGACUUCCAAGUGUGCGUGACGGUGAUAGAGGCCCGCCAGCUGGCUGGACUCAACAUGGAUCCUGUGGUGUGCGUGCAGAUCGGUGAUAUGCGCAAGUACACCAGCGUCAAAGAGAGCACGAACUGCCCCUACUACAAUGAGUAUUUCGUCUUCGAUUUCCACAUGCCGCCGAUUAUGCUGUUCGACAAAAUAAUAACGUUGUCGGUGCUGCAGUCACGCAACAUCCUGCGAGCCAAUAAACUGCUCGGCAGCUUCAAGCUGGACGUCGCUACGGUGUGGAACCAACCAGAUCGGCAGUUCUACCACAAGUGGGCGUUGUUGACGGACCCCGACGACGUGGCUGCGGGGGCGAAGGGCUACCUCAAGUGCGACAUCAGCGUCAUCGGCAAAGGAGACACCAUCAAGAUCCCCCCCAAGAGUGAGAAGGAUGAAGACGACAUCGAAGCGAAUCUGCUCCUGCCCGACGGAGUGCCGAUCGAGCGUCAACGAGCCAAGUUCAUCGUGAAGAUCUACAGAGCUGAUGGUCUACCGAAGAUGAACUACUCCAUCCUGGCGAACGUCAAGCGAGCCUUCACUGGCGAAAGCCAGGAUCUCGUCGACCCUUAUGUGCAAGUGUGCUUCGCUGGCAUGACCGGCUCGACAUCGGUGAAGAAGAACAGCUACACGCCGGUGUGGAACGAGCAGCUGGUGUUCACGGAGAUGUUCCCGCCGCUGUGCCAGCGCAUUAAGAUCCAACUGCGAGACAACGAUCCCGUGCACCCAAACGUCAUCGGCACUCACUUCAUCGACCUCAAGACCAUCUCUAACGAUGGCGAGAAAGGGUUUCUGCCGACAUUUGGGCCAGCGUACAUAUACAUGUACGGAUCUACCAGAGACUACAGCCUCAUCGACCAGCAUGCCAACCUCAACAUGGGCAUGGGUGAAGGAGUCGCCUACAGAGCCAGGGUCCUGAUUUCCAUACGCACAGAAAUCACGGACAGUAUGGAGUGUCCAGCUUCUGAGGUGGAGUUGGAACCGGUUCCUCCUAUCAGUGACAGUUCCUUCGGAAAGAACGAGGAGUUCUUUCUCUUUGCCACGGUGUUUGACGCUAAUAUGAUCGACAAGCGGCUCACAGACAAACCCAUACAGUUCGAACUCAGCAUCGGCAAUGCUGGCAACUCACUCGACGGACACAACGAGUCCGUGAAACGCCCGCAGGAUUUGGAUACUGAGGAGCUUGACGAACUGAGCGCAGACACUGGCUACUGGCAGAGCAUGACGCAGCCGACGAAGGCAGCCACGAGUGACAAGAACUACUACUACCUGCCGUACUGGGACCACAAGCAGUGCAUGCACAUCCGCAGCAUAUGGCCGGACCACCGCCGCCGGAUGUACAACUCGAACAUGAUCGCUAAGAUUAUCGAGAAGUUUGAGGAAGGUCUGUCAGACACCCAGCACGCGCUGGAGACGGAGGUGGGCACUGACUGUGUCCUGGUGCUGAAGAACGUUCUGGAAGGUAUCAGCGCAACCUGCGCCUCCUACGUGCGUUAUAUGACCAACGCUCCGCCCAUCGGGAACACCAAACUUGACCGCGAGAGGCAUAAACUAUGCCUCUUCGAAAUCGACCAGAUCAGCACGAUGACGCGCAGCUUGCGGGCGUUAAUCACGAAGCACUCGAUCAAGGAUCGCCUGCGCACGGCUUACACGUAUCUGAACAAACUGAAGCAUCUUUGCGAAGAUGCACAGCACGCGAUGCCAGACAUUUUCAUCUGGAUGGUCAGCAACGGCAAGCGGCUGGCGUACCACAGGAUACCAGCCAGGGAUAUCAUCUACUCCGCCGUCGCCGAAGAAACUGGCAAACAUUGCGGCAAGAUGCAGACGCUAUUUCUUAAAUGGCCGGGUAAGAAGGCAGCGACCCCAAGUGGCUGGAGCAUCCCAGCCAAGAUCAGCGUGUACCUGUGGCUGGGCCUGCUACAGGACAAGAAGCACUACAUCGACGGACUGCCCAAAGGAUACGUGCUCGGCUCCGAGCUGCGGAACGCCGACAAACUCCGCUCCAACGCACCCAACGCCAUUUUCUACGCGGAAAAACACACUUUCCAAAUGCGGGCGUAUAUUUACCAAGCAAGAUCCCUCAUUGGCUCCGAUUCGUCAGGGUUGUCCGACCCGUUUGCACGAGUCAUCAUCGGAGAAAAUACAGCGACAACGCAAGUGAUCGAUGAAACAUUGAGCCCCACAUGGGAUGAAUUGCUGGUCUUUGACGACGUUUUGCUGUACAGCACCAUGGAGCAAAUCAAAUCAGACCCUCCCACCAUUGUAAUCGAAAUUUUUGACCAGGAUAAAGUAGGCAAAUCUGAGUUUAUAGGGCGGACUCUAGCCAAGCCUCACGUUAAGGCUUUCGAAGACUCAUUCAAUCGACCACCACCUUCUUUAGAGUGGCAUGAGAUCACACGGGGCGACGACAAAGCCGGAGAACUUCUAGCCACCUUCGAGGUUCUUGAAAUUCCCGCUAAACAAGACCCUUCAGUGUUACCUGAACUGCCGACACCAAGAGAGGCUAACGGGAAAACCCCAGUGGACACUAACAAAGGCCCGAUUCUUCCGGUCCCGAGGGGUAUUCGGCCAACGCUGUCCAAAUACCGCAUUGAGGUUCUAUUCUGGGGUCUGCGUGAUCUAAAACGUGUCCAUCUACUGACCGUCGAUAAACCACGUGUGGAUAUUGAAUGUGCUGGCAAUAUUCUAUACUCAACUGUCAUACAAAACGCAAAGCGCAACCCGAAUUUCACCAACCCUGUAAAAUUUGUGGAUGUGGAACUGCCAGACCAGGACCUAUACAGGCCACCCCUGACCAUCCGAGUGCUCGAUUGCCGCAGCUUUGGCCGCAUUACACUUGUGGGCACCCACACCAUCAAUUCAAUCCACAAAUAUAUUUACACGCCAAUGAGCAAAAAGGAGCGAGAAAUCGAAGAUAGAAAAAAGUCUUUGAUUCAGUUGCAAAAUGUUGACUUGCGCGCAAAUUGUAUCGUGCCAGACGAUGUAUUUACGAUUGAAAAUGAGAAAGAAAACUGCCCUCUGUUGACCCGCGAUGGGCGGUCUGUGACUUACGGAUCCGGAUCAAAGCAGACGAUGCGUAAGAAGACAGCAAAACGCGAAUCAAUGAAGAGAAGGAAACUAAGCACAGAUUCCGUGCUAAGUGACGAUGAGCGAAGUAAAGAUUGGUGGACGAAAUACUUCGCUUCUGUGGAAUGUAUGAUUGAAGAGGAGAAAGAGGCGAAAAGGGAGAGGCAGGGCUUCUUGCAAGCUCCUCAAAUGAUGUACGUGGAUGAAACGCGGUCUCCAAGAGAGGAGGUUCACUCACCGCGUCCCGACCGGGACCGCAGCAAGCGCCGACAGCCACUGUCACCGAAAGCCAAAGUGAGCGUGAGCGUGAGCCCGACCGCGAUACUCAAGAAAAACGAAAUUCCACGCUCCGGCCUCACAAAGAUUUAUCCACAUGAGCUGGAAGCGGUCCCAGAAUAUGACGAAUUCAAGGAAUGGCUCCAUUCCUUCGAAUUAUACCGCGGAAAGAAAACCGGAGACGACUCCGAAGACGAAAACCGAGUUGUCGGCGUGUUCAAGGGUGCCAUCAAAGUUUACAAAUGGCCCCUUCCAAAGGGCAUUGACGAUCACACAGUGAUGGGAUUCGACCCAAAUUAUGGGUUCUUCCAAGGUGUUCCCAACAACGACCCUAUACACGUAUUGGUGAGGGUGUACAUCGUGAAAGCCACGGAUCUCCAUCCAAUGGACUUGAACGGGAAGGCUGACCCCUACAUAGUCCUACAUUUGGGCUCAAAGAGGAUAAGCGACAAGGAAAACUAUGUGUCCAAGCAACUGAACCCCGUAUUUGGGAAGUGCUUUGAGAUUGAAGCAACAUUCCCACAGGACUCUAUGCUGACAAUCCAAGUCCUCGAUUGGGACUUGCUGGGGUCAGACGACCUGAUCGGAGAAACAAAGAUCGACCUGGAAAACCGUUUUUAUAGCCGGCACCGCGCUACUUGCGGGCUGCCCAUGAAGUACGAAGAGCAAGGAUACAACCGGUGGCGCGAUGCUAUGAAACCGACACAGAUUCUGGCUAAGUUGUGUAAGGAUAGCAAACUAGAGCCGCCCGUGUAUGAGUAUGGGCGGGUGAAGGUCGGGCGUACGGUGUUCACCAUGCCGAUGGAAGACACGGAGCUGUUCUCCAACCCGGACACGGUGGAAGAGCAGAUGGCGCUGGUGGUGCUGCGUCGCUGGCAGGAGGUGCCCCGCGUUGGCACCAAGCUUGUCACAGAGCACGUCGAGACACGCCCUCUCUACAAUCCAAGCAAACCCGGUAUCGAGCAAGGAAGGCUGGAGAUGUGGGUUGACAUGUUUCCCAUGGACAUGCCGUUGCCAGGCCCACCGCUAGACAUAUCGGCUCGCAAGCCCAAAUCCUACGAAAUGCGGGUCAUCAUAUGGAACACUGACGACGUCGUCCUAGAAGACGAUGCCUUCUUCACUGGAGAAAAAAUGUCCGACAUUUAUGUGAAGGGGUGGCUCAAAGGCCCAGAUGACUGUCAAUGCACAGACAUUCACUACAGGUCCCUGACGGGCGAAGGUAACUUCAACUGGCGUUUCAUAUACCCGUUCGAUUAUUUGGAAGCAGAGGAACGGAUAGUGAUUUCACGAAAAGAGUCAGUCUUCUCUUGGGACGAGACAGAAUGCAAGAUACCCGCGCGCUUUGAGCUGCAAGUAUGGGAUGCUGACCACUUCUCGGCUGAUGAUUUCCUGGGAGCGAUAACCCUGGACCUGAACCGUUUCCCGCGUGGCGCUAAAUCGUCCAAGCUCUGCACGUUAGACAUGCUCCAGAAUGAUGGCUCCGUGCCGAUGGUGAACAUCUUCAAGCAGAAACGUGUCAAGGGCUGGUGGCCCUUCUACAUCAAGAGGGACACUGAAGAGAUGGAACUCACCGGCAAAGUGGAGGCAGAGAUACAUCUUCUGACGCGGGAAGAGGCCGAUAAGGUGCCAGCUGGUCUUGGACGUAACGAACCCGAUCCUCUGGACAAACCCAACCGCCCAGACGCAUCGUUCAUGUGGUUCCUGAACCCGCUCAAAUCGAUCCGGUACAUCAUCUGGCACAACUACAAGUGGACCAUUUUGAAGGCAACCAUCAUUAUUCUGGUGGCGGUGAUGUUCCUGCUACUGAUCUACGCGGUGCCCGGAUACUCCGUCAAGAAACUGCUCGGAGCUUAAAUAUUUAGCAUAUUAUUAUACCUAUCUAUCGUAUAACUUCUGUAGUUUACUCCUUAAACCACUAUAAAAAAAUAUCGAUCUCUGUUAUUUGAUAAUUAUCUGUAACUCUUGCACCACACCAACCUUGGUCAAUAAAAAGUACCAAUAAAGUUUAAUGCUUUCUGGGUUGUGUGUCAAUAACUGGCUUCAUCGACUUUUUUUAAUUUUUGGCCUGGUAACAAAGACCUUUAGGCCAAAGCUUCAUGAACCCUGGUGUCAGGGUUACUAAGCAUGCGGCCGCCAAAGGCCCAUCUUAAUCUCGUUCUUAGUGAUUUAAUUGAUUUAUGGAGAUUUUAGAAUUUUUGUCAUGGUGAGUGAUUUAAGGAGUGAAUCACUUCUUGUAGAUUAGUCUUUUGGUGUUUAUCAAACAUUAUAAUGUAUUAAUACUAUGUAUAAUAUUACGAAAGGAUUGUUUGUUAUUGCGAAACUUGAUUCAGUUAGUAUAGGUACCGAUUGAACAAUUAAAUCGAAUGCCGCGUGUCAUUGCGCUAGUGAAGACACUUACUAGUGGAAAGAGAUAAGUGCUAAGCGCUAUAAAGAGUAGCACUAGUUAAUUUUCCAAACCAAGGCUUACUACACCAUGUAUUAUACUGAAGUAAAGUACUAAAUUUAAUUCCUACUCGAUAUCAUCAAUCGUCAUCGUCGUAUUCCGUUUGACAUCCGCUUACCUAACCUGCAGGGCGCAUGCGCAACAUGAUAAAACUAUCGAUCAAUUCAAUAAAUUUUGUCGAAAUUGAUAAGUUUGUUUUUCCCCUAACACGCGUGCCACGUGAUUUUGUUCGUAUUUUGACAGAACGACACUUAUUUGGGUUCACCAAUCGACAAAACGACAAUUAUAUCCUCAGAAUCGAUAAAAUUACCGUGACAAAAUUGUAUCACCGUGAUAGUACAAUUUUUUUUACAACAGGUACUAUUUUUUUCAAUGAGAGUACUAUUUUUUGGUAUGGUCAAAUUAUUUUUUCGUGCCCAUUUUUUUUUUGAGGCCGCUAGCUUGACGCACACUCACGUUGCGCAUGUUAGCCCUACAGAAACUAUUGACAGCUCCAGUUUUUAAUUAAGCGGCUGGGAAACUGACUUUCCAACCUUUCAACCUUCUAAUAAGUACUAUAUUAGGCCACACGCCUCCGAAAAUACUUACGACGCGACUUUACUCUUCGUUAUCAUUCCAAAAACAAAUUCUGAGUGAUCUAGAACCCAAAUCGGUAUUCGAAUCUGCAACCUUCGUAUCAACAGUUUUCUUUAACUUACUUAUAUUAUAUCGUUUUUUCGUGUCUUCACGGUUACGGUAAGGUGUGUUAACACCUUAUAGAGUAGGCAGUUACAUGGACGCGUUGGUUUAAUUACAACACUUAUUACGUAUUAUCACAAGUCUCACAUCGGUACCUGUAAGAACUACAUAAUUGAUUUGUUGAAGAAUUCAGAAGAAAUACUUAUUUUUUUAGUAAAGUUUGAAUAUAGACGCAUGAUAGUAAUCAUAGUUUAUCUUAAAUGCAAUUGAGUACUUACUUCAUCUUGCGAAGGGUGUACAGUCAUGAGCAAUAUCAUGUACCUACUUUAGAACUCUGUCGCACUAUCAUAUUUGACAUUUAAGGAGGCUUACAUUUUAAUUUUUCAAAAUAGUUAUUGUGACAUGGUUUCAAAGUGUAUACUUAGUACUCGUGACUGUUCCUCUGCCAAGCCCAUUGGGGAAUAUUAUUUGUGGGCUUGCUAAUAUAUGUUAUAGAAGUAUCCAAUAGCUUUUUGUCGUAGUGCAACAUUCAUUACCUAAAUAUAUUUUUUAAAUUUAAUCCAUUAAAUAUUGUAUUUAUCGUAGAUACACUAAACACUACACCUCUGUUUCUUCACAAAUCAAUUUCGUUGAAAAGAUAGCCAGCAACCGUAGCGGCGAUUUAUAUUAAUAAAUAAAUAUUAUAACCAAUAUAUUAAUUUCCAUAACCCUGUAGAACUGUGUAUUUUAAUGAUCAAUUUAAAUAAACGAAUCUAUUAUUGUGCUUUCUAUAGAUGUACAA